UUAACAAUAAACAAUCAAAAAUAGUUGAAUUAAUGAACGGAAUACCUCAAGGCUCAGUAAUAAGUCUACCAUUGUUCCUUAUAGCAAUCAAUGAUAUCACCCAAGUAAUUAAAAAACCUGGUAAAUGCUUCCCUUUUGCAGACGACUUAACUAUUAUGUUCACAGGUAAAAAAAUAAAACAAACUGAGAAACUAGCACAACAAGCAUUAGACAAUCUAUACAAAUGGCCCUUAACUUCUGGGUUUAAAUUUUCAGAGGAAAAAACCUCAUAUAUGAUCAUAAAUAGACCAUCAUACUCAGGAAUCACACCUUCACUUUAUUUAAACAACCAACAAAUAAACAUGGAACUACAACAGAAAAUCCUAGGAUUAAUCUUCGAUAUAAAAUUGAAUUGGGAACUGCAUAUUAAAAAAGUGAAGGCUAAUUGCCAACAAAGAAUAAAAAUAAUAAAGACACUAGCAUCAAAGUCAUGGGGAGCAAAUUCUGAAAUAAUACUACGAACAUAUAAAGCAAUCAUAAGACCCGUACUUGAUUAUGGUGCACCAAUAUAUGGAUCAGCACCUAAAAGAUUACUAAAAAUCUUAGAUCCAAUACAAACAACCUCACUCAGAUUAUCCUUAGGAGCAUUCAAAACAUCACCCAAUUCGAGUGUUAUUGUAGAAACUGGCGAAAUACCGUUGGAAUACAGAAGAAGACAAUUGUCCUUAGCACUCGCUGCCACGAUAUACUCAAAUCAGAGAAAUCCAUGUUAUGAAACUCUAAUAACCCACAACAAUCAACAAAUAUAUAUAUCUAGGAAUACUCUUCCAAAACCAUUCUCAAUCCGACAAGCUAGAUAUGCAAGUGACUGGAAUCUUACGAUCCCACAAAUAACACAACGACUACCUGCACUAACACCUCCAGGGAAAUUAAAUAAUCCAAACAUUAACUUUGAAUUAAGCAACUUAAACAAAAAAGAGACAUCUGCAAUAAUAUAUCAAUCCAGAUUCAGUGAAAUCGCCAAUAAAUACAGAAAUCAUAAACACAUAUACACGGACGGUUCCAUAAACAAGGAACAAGGUGGAUGUGCAAUAAUAACAGACAACCAAGAACUGACAAAGGAAUUUCAAUUCAAUUUUCACAUGUCAAGCGUACGCAAUCUUACAGGCCUUACGAUACAUAAAAUCCUCAGAACACAAUCUGUCUGUUACAUUUACCGACUCCAAAUCAGUUCUACUUGCUAUGGAAGACCUUACAAGUACAAUAAAAAUAAUUCAAGAUAUCCACGCCGAAUUAACAAAACUUCAAUUAGAAAAAAAUGUUCAACCCGAAUUUAUUUGGAUUCCAUCACACCAAGGAAUCGUAGGCAACGAAAGAGCAGAUGAGGCUGCAAAAAAAGCCAUCACGUUAGAAGAACCAUAUGUCCAAAUAUUACCCACAUUAAAUGAAACCAAAAAUUUAAUAAAAAAAACAGCAAAAGAAAUCUGGAACCAGGAAUGGACCAACAUGCCACCAACGAAGCUACACCAAAUCCGAAAAUCAACUAGCGAUACAACUCCGACCCUAUCAAAUAGAAGACUGCAAGAAGCAAUAACAAGAUUGAGAAUUGGCCACACAAAUCUAACUCAUUGUUAUAAAAUAACAAAAUCACAGCCACCAUCAUGCACCUUUUGUGACGAACCUCUCACAGUUAAGCAUUAAAUUGAAGAAUGUCAAGGAAUACAGCACGAUCUCGUAGAGUCUAAACUUUUAAAUAAUAUGCAAAUGAUUCUCAAUAAUAGAAACGAAUUCCUCAAACUAGUAGAGUUAUUAACUAAAUAUGGAAUAA